CCAAUUUUUUUUUCUUGAGAAAAUGAGUUGUGACAUUUAUAGCUAAAGCAAAAAGGAGGAGGACUACAAGGCGUCCAUUGUUGACAGGAUGAAGAUAAUAGACCGUAUACGUAUCUGACCCGACUUCCUCAUCCUCCUCCCGAGGUGCUCGCCAAUACGAGAUGGCCUUCCUAUCUCCUCGCCAUCCCUAACCUUAAACCUCUUUCUCUCUCUCUCUCUCUCUCUCUGACUGACGAUCGAAUCAAAUGUUCAAACUAUGGAAAUGGUAUCAGAGAUGCCUAUCAGCGCACCCAGUGAAGACGCAGGUUAUAAGCUCUGGCUUCCUUUGGGGCGUUGGCGACAUUGCAGCUCAAUACAUUACUCACUCCACUGCCAAACCGCAUCUUCAAUACCUUCAGGAUGAUGAUGCAAGAUUCAAAAUAAACUGGAAACGUGUAGCCAUAACAAGUACCUUUGGUUUUUCCUUUGUUGGACCUGUUGGCCACUUCUGGUAUGAAGGCUUGGACAAAUUUAUUAGACUGAAACUUAAGCUGCAACCAAAGUCACCGUCAUUUGUGGCUGCUAAAGUGGCUAUGGAUGGAUUCAUCUUUGGGCCCUUUGAUUUGUUUGUAUUUUUCACUUACAUGGGAUUUUCAGCUGGCAAGAGUGUUGCUCAAGUCAAGGAAGAUGUGAAGAGGGAUUUCCUUCCAGCCUUCAUUUUGGAAGGUGGUAUAUGGCCAAUUGUUCAGAUAGCAAAUUUCCGGUAUAUCCCAGUGAGAUACCAACUCCUUUAUGUUAAUGUCUUCUGCUUGUUGGACAGUGCAUUUUUGUCAUGGAUUGAACAACAGAAAGAUGCUCAUUGGAAGAAAUGGUUCACAUCUUCUCAAUUUCUCAAAGAAAGGGGAGAUCAGGGGGAAUUAUGAUGCAAUUUUCACCCUUUUGCAUUUUUUUUUUCGUGAGGCAAGUUUGUCACACAAAUGUAUACUGAUUGCAAGAAUCAACAACCUGACCCCAAAAACGCCAACUGGGGUUUUAGAAGUUGGGAUUUGGGGAAUGAUUUAAUUGUUUUUUUUUUUUUUUUUUGUUUCAGCAUUUAGUGUUAAUCCGAUAAUUGCAAUCAAAUGAAAUACAUAAAACCCCAGGGGCAGAUUUGGCAAGCCCUUUAUCUA